UGAUUAAAUGCAACGCAGAAACGAAGGUUGUUCUUAAAACCCCAAAGCGGAAAAUCGCGGUGGAGAGUGAGCGAGUGAGUGAGUGCAGAACCGACCAAAAAUGCUCGAAAGAGCAAUCCCCACGCGGCGCCCGCCGCACGACGUCGGAGCUCCCGAAGAUCACGCCGGAGAUCAUACCGGCGACGACUCCAAGACUCGCAAGCACAUCUCCCUCGCUAUUCGCCUCACCAAUUGCUUCAUCAGAUCCGGCUAUUUCUGGCCAAUUAUUGCUAUCGCCCUAGCUCUUGUCAUUAUCUCUUCUGUAAUUGUUCGCUCCCGAGAUUUGGUUUGCAUCUCCGCCUCCUCCGCUGAUCAUAUCUCGCGAAUGAGGUUUUUCGGAUUUGACGGACUCGAGACGGAUUUCGGAGCCCUAGGCGUUCCCUGGUGCAGAUCGAAACAUGGAAAAACUGUGGAAUGGACAUCCAAGGAUUUGAUUCAAGGUCUUGAGGAGUUUGUGCCGAUUUAUGAAACCCGACCGAUCAAGAACAACAUGUAUGGGAUGGGGUUUGACCACAGUUUUGGACUAUGGUUUAUGGCGAGAUGGUUGAGGCCGGAUUUGAUGAUUGAGAGUGGUGCUUUUAAAGGGCAUUCAACGUGGGUUUUGAGGCAAGCGAUGCCCGAUACGCCUAUUGUGUCUCUUUCGCCUCGACAUCCUGAGAAGUACCUUAAGAAGGGGCCAGCUUAUGUUGAUGAGAAUUGUACCUACAUUGCUGGAAAGGAUUUUGUGGAUUUUGGGAGCAUGGAUUGGGAAAGAGUGAUGAGAAAACAUGGAAUUAAAGAUCGAAGUAGGGUACUUAUUUUCUUUGAUGAUCACCAAAAUGAACUAAAGAGAUUAAAGCAGGCGCUUAAAGCUGGUUUCAGCCAUCUAAUUUUUGAGGACAACUAUGAUACUGGAACUGGGGAUCAUUAUUCAUUGAGGCAAAUUUGUGAUCAGUUUUAUAUAAGAGGUGGUGGGCACAGUUGCUUUAAAGACAGCGACGAAGCUAGAAUAAGACACAGAAGGAGGAAAUUCUGGGACAAGGCAGUCGACAUAGACGAGCUGUGUGGACCUGCAGAAUCGUGGUGGGGUGUAAGAGGUGAGAUGCGUGACGAUUUCAACCACAGCAACAAGCCAAUCUCGUACGCCGAUCAUUUCCGGAACAGCUUGUACGUGGAGUCGAUUCUCGACGUUUACUGGGAGCUACCUCCCGUUGCGGGGCCCUCACUGACCCACCAGACAAGAUACGAUCCGGCGCGCGCACCAGCUCCCGUCGUGGAAGACGGCAGGUACGGGUUGUUUAGGAGGCUCGGAUUGUCGGAACUCGACCCUUCUGUAUUUAAUGGAUACACACAAAUGGUUUAUCUUCAGGUCUCUAAACCUGAAACAUAAAGGUAGGAAUCCGUGCUGGAUCUUGUUAGAUUUUUGGUAUCGUUUUGUCUUACUCACUUUGUCAAUAACUAAGCUAAGCUUGUGAUGCUUUCAUGUCACGGUUACUUGGAAAGCUGUUCUUGAUCAAUUUGUCAAAUGCAUUAGCUGAAUUUAGAAUUUGGUUCAACA